GUGAGCUUUUUGUGUGCUGGCCCUUUAAGAGAUAGCCCUCCCAGCGCUGUUCCUGGGCGAUGGCUUUUAAAAAGCCUGAGCGCUCUAGUCCUAAUGCAUUGUGUGAUACAUCAGCUACGGAAGGUGCAAGAACCAUGAGCCGCAAAGUUGUGAGGUCCAGCAAGUUCCGUCAUGUCUACGGACAACCGGUGAAGGCUGACCAAUGCUAUGAUGACAUUCGUGUUUCUCAGAUGACAUGGGAUGGGAACUUUUGCUCUGUCAACCCACAAUUCUUAGCCAUCGUCGUGGAGGCUAGUGGUGGAGGAGCCUUCCUGGUCCUGCCAUUGUCUAAGACUGGUCGCCUGGAUAAGGCCCACCCUGUGGUCUCAGGGCACACAGCUCCUGUGUUAGACGUAGAGUGGUGCCCCCACAAUGACCAUGUUAUUGCCAGCUCAUCUGAGGACUGCAGUGUUAUGGUCUGGUCGGUGCCUGAAGAGGGUCUUACAAGAUCUUUGAAUGAACCCCUGGUGACUCUUGAAGGCCACUCUAAAAGGGUGGGGAUUGUGACCUGGCACCCAACAGCCCAGAAUCUCCUGCUGAGUGCAGGCUGCGACAAUGUCAUAAAAGUCUGGGAGGUGAGUGUUGGUCAAGCGGCCAUUUCCUUGGAUGAGUUGCAUCCAGAUGUCAUCUAUAGCGCAGCUUGGAACCAGGACGGCUCUUUGCUCUGCACAGCCUGCCGGGAUAAGCACGUGCGGCUUUUCGACCCUCGGGCCGGGGGCACCACUGCAAAUGAAUUGCCACGGGCCCAUGAAGGCUCUCGUCCAGUUCGGGCCACGACUGUGAAGGAUGGAAAACUUUUUACGACAGGGUUCAGUCGCAUGAGUGAGCGACAGGUGGCCCUGUGGGACCUGAGGAAUCCUGAGGAACCAUUGACUCUUCAGGAGUUGGAUACAAGCAGUGGUGUACUCUUGCCUUACUAUGACCCAGAUACCAACGUGGUUUACCUGACUGGCAAGGGUGACAGCAGCAUCCGGUACUUCGAGCUGACCGGCGAAGCUCCCUACGUGCACUAUUUAUCCAUGUUUACUUCCAAGGAGUCGCAGCGAGGAGGUGGAUGGAUGCCCAAACGAGGGCUGGAUGUGAGCAAGUGCGAGAUUGCCAGAUUUUACAAACUACAUGAGAGGAAAUGUGAGCCCAUUGCUAUGACGGUGCCCCGGAAGUCAGACCUGUUCCAAGAGGACCUGUAUCCUGACACAGCUGGUCCAGAUCCCGCCUUGACUUCAGAGCAGUGGCUAGCAGGCAAGGACGCAAGCCCCAUCCUCAUUUCCCUCAAGGAUGGCUAUACUCCCCAGAAGAGCCGAGAGUUCAAAAUCAACCAGACUCUCCUGCAGGGGCCCAAGAGAAGUCAACUUCCACACGAAGGGACACAGCAAAGGGGUCCAGCUUUAGAUCAGUUCUCGGAGGAUCUGAAACGACUGCAAGCUACUGUGUCGGAACAGGAGCGACGCAUCUCAGAGCUGGAGAGGAUUGUGAAGAAAUAGUUUCUCUCUGUUUUCCUAGCCAGUCCGGUUCUUCAUGAGUCACAAUGGACUUUGUUUCACUGGCCUUUUAAAGCCCCUUUGAUUUUUUUUAAAUGGGUGGAUCCUCAGGGCGUUAUUAAGAUUCAUCCACCCUAAACUCAGGGCAGAAACUCAAGUUUAUCUAUUCCAGACAGAGCCCUUUUUCUGAGUUAACAGAUUCCACCUUGAAAAGAUACGAAAUAUACUUCUUUGCUUAGCCUCGGUGAAGGCAUUCAGGAUGAUAGCCCAUCUAUUUACAACUCUGGAGGUUCGUUUCUCCCAGGCCUCCAGUUCUGGUCUCUGCUUUCUGGUUCCUGCUCUGCUUUUUCCCUUAGAAAACAAAUUGUCUUCCUUUGGACUUUUUUUUUAAAAAAUGCUGCAUAUCCCGUUUCUUAGAUUUUGCUUUUAAGGGCAUGGUUGUGUGUGUGGGGGGGUUCUUUUGUUUUAAAAGGGCUACAAUAUUUAACUGAUCAUCGAUUAAGCAUUUGGAUUGAUUGGUAUGCAUUUUAGUUAUUUGGUCAGUAACUCAACCUGAGAAUUGCAGGGAGUAAACCCGGUGGAAGGCAGAUUCCCACCUUUGUGUGAGAGAGGAGGGGAAAUCUGCUCAAUAAAAUAUGCUUGUUUCUUUGGAACAGUUUUGCAUCUACGUAUUUCAUUCAAACCCUUUCAUUCAUUCAAAUUCUUGAAAGUUACAUAGCAGACCUUUUUUUAUUCAAGUUUUAAAUAGUGGUUAUUCUUGGGACCAAUUUUUUGCCCCUGCUCUCCAAAACACAAUCAAACGGCAUUAAGUAACCACACAAGCCUAAAACCAUCAGCAAUAGUUUACUUCUACAGGUAAUCCUUGCUAAAUAAACCAUUCAUUUAGUGACCGUUCAAAGGUACAACAGCACUGAAAAAAAGUGACUUAGGACCACACCUUGCACUUACAACUGUUACAGCAUCCCCACUAUCUCAGAAUCCAGGUGCUUGGCAAUUAGCAUGUAUUUACAAUGGUGGCAUCAUCCCAGGGUUACAUGAUCACCAUUUUUCACCUUCCCAGCCAGCUUCUGAUAAGCAAAGUCAACGGAGGAAGUUGGGUUCAUUUAACAACCGUUAUGAUUCAUUUAACAAUUACAAUGAUUCGCUUAACAACGGCAAAAAGGUCAUAAAAUUGGCUGCAACUCACUUAAACAAACACCUCCUUGCUAAGCAGUGGAAAUUCUGGUCCCACUUAUACUAGUCCUCUACUUAUGACCACAAUGGAGCCCAAAAUUUCUGUUGAAAAACAAGGCAGAUGUUAAAUGAAUUUUGCUUCAUUUUACAAUGUUUCUUGCCACAGUUGUUACGUGAAUCAAUGUAGUUGUUAAGUUAGUAACAUGGUUGUAAAGUGAAUCUGGCUUCCCCACUGACUUUGCUUGUUAGAAGGUCGCAAAAAGUGAUUCCGUGACCCUGGGGCAUUGCGACCGUCCUAAAUAGAUGCCAGUUGCCAAGUGGCUGUGAUGAUGGGGAUGCUGCAAAGAGCAGAAGUGUGAAAAAUGGUCAUAAGUCACUUUUUUCAGUGCCGUUGUAACUUUGAACAGUCACUGAACAAAUGGCUAUAAGUCAAGAACUACCUAUGUAGCAAGUUGACUUCCAGAAAGAAUUUAAGACAAUCCAAUCCAGCAUUUUGUUGAUGCCAAAGGGAAAGGAAGGGAGCAAUUCUCCCCCUAUGUCUGAUAUUGAAAGGCUGCAUACACCCAACAGAACUAUUAAAACCACGAGCCACAUGAUCACUUUAUAUUCUAUGGAAGUGUCUAGCCCAUUUUCAGAGAUCUUUUUUUCCUCUCAUGUAUUCACCAAUGAUUUGCAACCAAUCCUUUAAAUGUAAUAGAAUUAAUUUAAAUUACUUAACCCACAAUCCUAUUAAUCUAGAUUGCCCUUCUCUUGAUUAAGCAUGGGGGCCAAUUUGAAGAGUUGACAAACUGCCAGUAGUGGCUUUUCCCCCCUCCAAAAUGAAAUAAGAGUAAGGAGCAGGAGUUCUCAUCCCCCCCUACAGGACUUUUAACAUUGGGAGGAGCCUGGAAGGACCUUUUCCAGGUAAUCAUGUUUUAUUAUAAGACGUAAGUUUUGGUGAGCUGCAGCUCACUUCGUAAGAUGUAUAGAGUGUUAAAUUAAUUUAAAUUGGAGGGAGAUAGAGGAAAAAGGGUAGAAAAAUUAAGGUGGUUAUGCCGAUACAGAUGAUACAUGAAAGGUUACAAGUACCCUAUCAAUUAACAAUUCCAAUAUGUUAAAAAUCUAUUGUUGAGACCUGAGAUUGUCUGCUUUAGAUUUAUGCAAGCACAAGAAUUUCUCAUUAAAUGAUAAAAAUCCUGUUUUUCAAAAAAAAAAAAAAAAGUUGAGACCUCUCACGAUAUCCUGGCAGAUCGAAUCCUUGGUAUUAUUUUGUCCUUGUUUUGAGAUCUGAUAUCAAUGCCUAUUAAGCUUUUGUCUUUUAAUAAAAUUUAUUGGUUGGAAAAGCUA